AUGGCUAGACGGCGCAGUAAGAGGAGAACACAUGCAGCUCCGACAAGCGGAAACAAUGGCUCUAUACCGGCCAGCACGGGGAUUGCAUCUGCUCGUAACCCCAAAAGCAUGGUCAUCCGCAUUGGAGCUGGCGAAGUUGGCUCCAGCGUGAGCCAGUUGGCUUCGGAUGUUCGCAGGGUUAUGGAACCUGGAACUGCAAGCCGGUUGAAAGAAAGAAGAGCCAAUCGCUUAAGGGACUACGUGACUAUGUGCGGCCCUCUUGGCGUCACGCAGCUGCUUCUAUUUUCAAGGUCAACCUCUGGCAAUGUCAAUCUGCGCAUUUCUUCUGCUCCGCGCGGCCCUACACUACAUUUCAGAGUAGAGAAAUACUCGCUGAGUAAAGAUGUUCAGAGGGCGCAAAAGCACCCGAAAGGUGGAGGCAAAGAGUACAUCAAUCCACCGUUGCUGGUUAUGAACAAUUUUAGUAUUGCAGAAGAUUCGAAUGCCAAAAUACCAAAACAUCUCGAGUCACUAAUCACCACCAGCUUUCAGUCUCUAUUUCCACCCAUCAAUCCUCAAGCAACCCCUCUUACGUCAAUUCGGAGAGUACUUUUGCUCAACCGAGAGAGAAACAGUUCCGACCCCGACUCGUUUGUUCUCAAUUUUCGUCACUAUGCGAUCACUACGAAAGCAACCGGUAUCUCAAAGGCUCUCAAGAGGCUGAACGCUGCCGAAAAGCUUCUUUAUUCAAAAAAGACAAAAAAGGGCGGGUUACCCAAUUUAGGAAAGCUGCAGGAUAUCUCUGACUACAUGGUGGGUGGUGAAAACGGGGAGGGUUAUGUGACCGACGGGGGCACGAGUGGCAGUGAGGCGGAGACCGACGCCGAAGUCGAGGUGUUAGAAACGACAGCCCGCAAGGUGACGUCUACGAAGUCCCGUGCAACCACAGCAACGUCAGACGGUCAAGAUGAUUCAGAUGACGGUCGGGCAGACGUCGCUGAUGAUCAUGUGGAACGACGGGCUGUGAAGCUGAUUGAACUUGGUCCUCGCAUGAGGCUGAGACUCAUCAAGGUUGAAGAAGGGUUGUGUCAGGGCCAAGUUAUGUGGCAUGAGCAUAUUCAUAAGUCGCAGACGGAGAUAAAGGAUAUGAAGGCCCGCUGGGAGACGCGCAGGCGGGAGAAGGAAGCGAGGAAGAAGGAGCAGAAGGACAAUGUCGAAAAAAAGAAAGCGAACGCCACAAACGAAAGAGGUGGGCGGAAAACAAGGGACGCCGAUAAAGACGGCAGCGGCGAUAAUGAGAGUGACGAACAUGGUGAGAUGGAUGUGGAUGACGCAUACGAUAGCGAUGGUUACGAGAGUUUUGACAGCGAGGGUCUUGAGGGGGACGCCGAGAUGCAGGCAAACGAGAUCAUGGAGGAUGCUGGAGAUUGGGAAGAUGAGAAGGAAGAGAUCGCCGGUAGAUGA